AUGAAACUUUCCGCUUUAGAAGAGGAGAAUAGAAAAUUAUUUUCUAAAGCUUCUCGUAGCAAUGAACUUGCUUCUCAGUUAGCUGCUAGUGAGGAACAAAAUAAAGUUUUGCGCGAACAUAAAGCUUUUCUUCAAAAAGAACUCGAGACUGCUCGGAGAGAACUAAAACGAUUCCGUAAGGAAUUGGAUAAUCUUACCGGUCAAAUGAACGAUAUGACCGAGGACAUGUGGGAAUCACGAAACAAAGUAAGCACGUAUGCCAAGAAGUUAGUGGAUGUCGAACAACAUCUUGCAGAUACGCAAGAAAUGAAUGUUAAUCUUUCCAUACAAUUGGAAAAGUCGUUGAGCUCUCAAAAAGUAUCUAGUGCAACAACUACUCAGAUUGUUAAAAUGAUUCAAGCCGACCUUGGUAGAGUUGUUCUCGAGAAUGAGCAUUUACGUUCUAGCAUCAGCGAGUUGGAAAGUCGCCAAGUGAAAUGCGAGGGCAAAUUAAGCGAAAUGAUGAUAUCAGCUCAAGAAUAUGCGCAUCUUUUAGAGGAAGCACAAGAUACCAUACAUUCAUUAAGUGAGACUCGCCUCGAAUCUGAUAUCGAAAAUUUAGAGAUAUCACCUGGACGAAGCCGUGGACAUACCGACAUCGUCAAGGUAAGUUAUAUACAUGUUUUAUUUAAUUUAUCAUUAUAUAAAUAG